UCUUCAUUUCAAUUCAAAAAAUUACUCAUACGAGUCAUACACUCUUAAUUUUGUAUCUAUAUAUCACUGGCAACUGCAUCCCCUCUUUUUUCAUCUCUCUACAAACCCUAAUCCCCACAAAUCUACACACCUUAUAUCUCAAUACAUACACCCAUAUAGAUAUACAUACAGAUUGUUGUCUACCCUUUUCUUGAAUCUUCUUGAAAUCUCAUACUUUUUAAAUUCAGUCAAACAGUGGUAGAGAUGAAAAGUAUGUGAAUUUUUUUGAAUUUUGAUAAGAGAUGGGUGAUAAUUACUGUAAGGGUGGAGUUUCAGACAAGUCUUCUUUGAUUCCCAGAUCUGAAUUGAAGUCAAUGGCCGGAGAGAAGAGGGGUUUUGGAGAUGUUGGAGAAAGAUCGGAACUUGAGCAGAAUAAGAGGGUCAAGAUGAAAGAUCUUGAGUCUGUGUUUAGGUCAGAAAUUCAAGGAGUUGACAAUACUUCUUACACAAAAUCUUGGAUAAACAGACAUGCUACUGAGAUUUCCUAUGAUAAGGGAAAUGUAACCAUGAAUCCCGAUGCUAUUCAAUUAACAGAAAUGACGAAAGGCACAUCGCAGCCAAUUGUUGGCUCUUCCACCACAGCACUUGAUCUUAAUGCAAAAGUUGAUAUGACUAAUCUGGACAAUGAUAAUACCCCAUGUGCUGAUGAUGCCCACGAUCAGAACACCGACUUCAAACUGAAUGUUGAUAAGUCAAGAGAUGUUGGCUUUGAUCUUAAUGUAGAAGAUGACUCAAGUUCUGCCAACCAUGACCUCAAUCUGAUAGAUGAUUUGGAGUGUGGAAGUACGUGUGGUCCCAUGGAGAAGAAAGAUCCGCUGAAAGUAUGGAAAGAGAUGAAGCAAAAUGGUUUCAUGUCGUCUUCGCAUGGAGGUGUACCAAUUCCAAAACCACGUGGGCGGAAAAGCAAAGCUGACACACUCAAGAAAAAGAUGGAGAUUGCGAGGAAAGAACAGGUUGAUAGGUUUGCAAGGGUGGCUGCUCCUAGUGGACUGCUCAAUGGAUUGAACCCUGGGAUUAUCAACCAUGUUAGAAACAGUAAGCAGGUUCAUUCUAUAAUAGAGGCUUUAGUUAGGUCUGAAAGAGGUGACAAUAUCCAAAAUGGAAACAAAGAAGAAAAUGUCCAAAUGAGGACAGAAAGAAUAGAGUCGACUGAAGCAAGAGAGGGCAGAAACCUGAACUUGUCAAGAAUGAAAAGAUAUAAUCUUUGUCAUGAAGAAGGUAUCCUAAAUAAUGCAUCAAGAUUCAAACAAACAAAUGACUCCCGAAUCAGUUCAGAAAACACACGAGGCAUUAAUGUCUCAAGCAUGAAUAUGAGCACUCAGUGUGAUGAGGAUGCAACGGACUUCUCAAGCGUUUCUUCUCUUUCUUUCAAAGUUGCAAAUGUAGCUUCCCAGUGGUUGGAGCUUCUUCAGCUAGACAUUAAGGGGCGCCUUGGAGCAUUACGACGUAGCAAGAAAAGAGUUCGAGCUGUAAUUCAGACAGAGCUGCCUCUUUUAAUAUCUAGAGAACUUUCUCACAAUCAGGAAAAUGAUCCCUAUGUUACAAGAAUUUCUGACCCCAAUUCAUCAGCAGAAAUGCACAAAGCUAGAUGGAAUGCAUUGUUUAGUCAGAUGGAAAAAGCACUUUCAGAAGAAGAAAUACAACUGGAAAAUUGGUUAAACCAAGUAAAGGAGAUGCAGUUGCAGUGUGACCGUGGUCUUUCACAAAAUACUGGAGCACCUGGUCUGCAGCAACAAGGGAUAUCAGGGACUGACUGCAGAAUAGAGAAUCCCAAGGAUUCGGAAAGAGUUCUAGCUGUGAGGGCCGCUGCGGCUGCUUUCUAUUCAACCUGCAACUUUUCCCAGUCGGUGGGAAACUCUCCCUGCUUUUGAGAAAAUCAGCUGCACCUCGUGCUCUGUAUCAAGUACCAACAGGCCUAACAUUCCAUUAUGGUAUCUUAGUAACAUCUUAGUGGUUUUCUGGUGAAGCCCAGUAAGGCUGUUGCUUCUCAUCACUUGUAACAUUACAAGUAGAGAGUUAUGUUCUUCGUUCUCUUUCUUAGAAUUUAUUUUCAGGAAGCUCUUAUUUAGAGCAGCAACCUGGAGGCCGUUGCUUUUCAUUACUUGUAACAUUGCAAGUAAAACGUUAGGCUCUCCUUUUUCUUUCAUAAACAUUUUUCACAGGCAGUUGUUUAGAGCAGUAAUAAUUGCCUUCAAA